CAGCGGCAGCAGUAGCUGCUCCUCCCCGGCGGCCACCCCCCGCGGGUCCCUCCCUGGCUGCAGGAGAGGCGGAGGUAGAGGGAGGACACAGCACCGCGCCGCCCGCACCGGAGACCUUCGCCUCGCCCUGCCGGCUCCUCACCCUCUGGGAGGACCAUGGCAGAUAAUCUCAGUGAUACCUUGAAGAAGCUGAAGAUAACAGCUGUUGACAGAACUGAUGAUAGUUUAGAAGGAUGCUUGGAUUGUCUACUUCAAGCCUUGGCUCAAAAUAAUAUGGAAACAAGUGAAAAAAUCCAAGGAAGUGGAAUACUUCAACUGUUUGCAAGUCUGUUGGUUCCACAGUCUUCCUGCACAGCCAAAGUAGCUAACAUCAUAGCAGAAAUAGCCAAAAAUGAAUUUAUGCGAAUUCCAUGUGUGGAUGCAGGAUUGAUUUCACCACUGGUGCAGCUGCUAAAUAGCAAAGACCAGGAAGUGCUGCUUCAAACUGGCAGGGCUCUAGGAAACAUAUGUUACGAUAGCCAUGAGGGCAGAAGUGCAGUUGACCAAGCAGGUGGUGCACAGAUUGUAAUUGACCAUUUAAGGUCACUGUGCAGUAAAACAGAUCCCGCCAAUGAGAAGCUCUUGACUGUCUUUUGUGGCAUGCUGAUGAACUAUAGCAAUGAGAAUGAUUCCCUUCAAGCUCAGCUUAUCAACAUGGGUGUUAUUCCUACCUUAGUUAAAUUACUGGGCAUCCACUGCCAAAAUGCAGCUCUUACAGAAAUGUGUCUUGUUGCAUUUGGCAAUUUAGCAGAACUUGAGUCAAGUAAAGAACAGUUUGCCAGUACAAACAUUGCUGAAGAGCUGGUAAAACUCUUCAAGAAACAAAUAGACCAUGAUAAGAGGGAAAUGGUGUUUGAGGUUCUUGCUCCAUUGGCAGAAAACGAUGCUAUUAAGCUACAGCUGGUUGAAGCAGGCCUGGUAGAAUGUCUACUAGAGAUUGUUCAGCAGAAAGUGGAUAGUGACAAAGAGGAGGAUAUUGCUGAGCUCAAAACCGCUUCAGAUCUAAUGGUUUUAUUACUUCUUGGAGAUGAAUCCAUGCAGAAAUUAUUUGAAGGAGGAAAAGGUAAUGUGUUUCAAAGGGUACUGUCUUGGAUUCCAUCAAAUAACCAUCAGCUACAGCUUGCUGGAGCAUUGGCAAUUGCAAAUUUUGCCAGAAAUGAUGGAAAUUGUAUCCAUAUGGUAGACAAUGGAAUUGUAGAAAAACUUAUGGAUUUACUGGACAGACAUGUAGAAGAUGGAAACGUAACUGUGCAGCACGCGGCACUAAGUGCCCUCAGAAACCUAGCCAUUCCAGUUGUAAAUAAAGCAAAGAUGUUAUCAGCUGGUGUCACAGAGGCAGUUUUGAAAUUUCUUAAAUCUGAAAUGCCCCCGGUUCAGUUCAAACUCCUGGGAACAUUAAGAAUGUUAAUAGAUGCACAAGAAGCUGCUGAACAACUGGGAAAGAAUGUUAAAUUAGUGGAGCGUUUGGUGGAAUGGUGUGAAGCCAAAGAUCACGCUGGUGUGAUGGGGGAGUCAAACAGACUGCUCUCUGCCCUCAUACGACACAGUAAAUCAAAAGAUGUAAUUAAAACCAUUGUACAAAGUGGUGGCAUCAAGCAUCUAGUUACCAUGGCAACUAGUGAACAUGUAAUAAUGCAGAAUGAAGCCCUUGUUGCUUUGGCACUAAUAGCAGCUUUAGAAUUGGGCACUGCUGAGAAAGAUCUAGAAAGUGCUAAACUUGUACAGAUUUUACACACACUGCUAGCAGAUGAGAGGAGUGCUCCUGAAAUCAAAUAUAAUUCCAUGGUCCUGAUCUGUGCUCUCAUGGGAUCUGAAUCUCUACACAAGGAAGUACAGGAUUUGGCCUUUCUAGAUGUUGUAUCCAAACUUCGCAGUCAUGAGAACAAAAGUGUGGCUCAACAGGCCUCUCUCACAGAGCAGAGACUUGCUGUGGAAAGCUGAGAACUACCCCUCCCUGAUACACCUCUCAUUUCCCCUUUGUCCUCCAUCCAGCUGCCUCUUCUGCUUCAUUCUCUUCCAUAUCACUUGUGCAUGCGUGUAAUGUUCCAAUGCCAAUUGAAGAACUGCUGUAGGUACCUGCCCAAUAAGAUUUCUAAACCCAUAGUUAGUGUGAACAUGAAUUUGUCAAAAACAAGUCUCCACCCCAUAACUGUUUCCUUGUAUUCCUGUUGCUUGAGCUACAUUAAGUAGAAUGUGCAUGUUGUAGUCCUAUGAUUAUGACGUAAACUUGGUACUACACAAUGACUUGCUCCUCAUCCUUGGUAGACUACAUAAUAAUGUACUGGUAAAUUAGAAACAAAUGAGAAUGCAGCAGGAUCUGACUAGCUUAUGAAUGAUGGAAUUGAAUAGUAAAAAUAGCUCCAUUUAUUGGUGCUUGGAAAGCACAGUGACCAAAAAACCUGUAUGGCUGCUUAUUCAUUAGUCUUACCUACUAAUGUCAAACCCACGGUACCUAGAGUUAAAUAAAGUCCAGUGCUCUCGCUCUUUACCCUCUGGUUUCCUCUUCUUCCUUUGUAGACUCUUGAAACUGCCACAAACUUGGCAAGACUUCCUAAGGUUUUUUAUGUCAUAUUUAAUUGGCCGUCAUCAGUAGCCUGAUGUUGAAAACGUUUGUAGUUUUCAGCAUGAAACUAAGGGGUUGAAGAAUAUUACACUAGUACAUCUUGUUUUUUGCCUGUAUUUUAGAUUCUGAUAUAUGUACAGUUUCACCUCAGAAUUUCUUCCAUCAGUUAAUCAACAUUGUUCAACACAUGUCUUUAAAAGUCACUCGGCAUUUGUUUUCAACUGAGAAAGUUGAGUACAGCUCUUUGGAAAAUGGAUUUUUUUUUUUUUCUGUUUUUCACCAUUCAGCUUGAAAGCAAGAUGUUUCCUUGGUCUUUUAGCCCUUUUAAAUUUUAUAUGAGAACUAGCAGAGCAUAUGAAAAAAGAUUAAGAAAUGUUUGUCUAGACUAAAGAAAGGAAGCAGGUCAUAAAAGCCAUAGUAGCCAGUCCAGUUCAUUCUGCACAUGGCCUCAUCCCGGUAGCUGUUAGAGUUUCCCACCUCCACUUUCCACAGAGCACUGCAGUGGAUCUUAAAGCCUAUCGGAAAGUGACGGUGCCAAGUGCCAAGAUUCAAGAGGUAAGAAGCCCCCUUGGCAGAAUGUAGUACACUCUUCACUGCUACCACCACACCAAACGGGUCUUAGAGCUUUGAAACACAUGAACAUCCCUGUGACAUACCUGCCUUCUCCGAAUGCCCAAGUGUGACAGAUACUGGCUGAAAGGUAAGGUGGGCUCCUUGCUCUCCAAAAUUGAUGCUGCGCGUCUCUAUGGGGUGACCGAAGUUGGACUUUUGACUCUGAAAUAGCUGUAAUUCGAGAAAGUUAAAACCCCAGUGGAGGUAAAGAACUUUUUGACUGUUCCCUUUGAUGUCCAAGAAAAGGACGAUUUAUUGUGAGUGCUUAUGCUACAUUUACUGUAAGAAUGAUCUUGUUCAUUGUCUUCUCCUGGGCUGGAUAGUGGACUGUAUUUUAUUUUAGAUUUUGAAAGACAUCUGUAAUGUUGCGUCAUAGGCUGUCCAUAUUAAUAACUAAAUAAACAGUAUAUAAACUGUAA